GAACUGUUGUAGAAGUACUUCCUAUAAGGAAACCACAACAUAGACACCAUGUCGGCCCCCAUCCCCCUUAGAGAUAUGUAACUGUUGGUGAAUGUAAACAUCAGAGCACUGCAGGGAAAUGCCUCCCACCUCAUAAGCAGUCCAUGACACACAUGCUUGAUAACCACAGAGAUGACUAAAUGGAAACUUCUUUUUUUUUUACACAUGGCCAAAUUUCCAGCUUUAACUCUUAAUGUUUCAUUUAAAACAAUAAGUGGCCCGUCAUAAAGUGUUAAUCAACAGCCACUUCUUUUGUCACCCAAAAGCUCAUACUAGUACAUGAUUGUAGGAUGACUUGAAAGCUAAAUUGUUGCAGCGAGACAGUGGUGCUGAAGACUAAGCUCCUCUUUCCUGUGAGUGAGGGACAACAGGAAGUGAGGUAAAGAACAUAUGUAGGUGGUCCACAAAGUGAUCACAAUAGAAAAGAUUUCACAUGAAUUUGGAUAGAAGGUGUUUGAAUAUCUACCUGCAUGGGCUCUAUGGAUGAAGGCAAUGUGCGCACUCAAAAGAACAAUGUCAUAUGUGAAUACAAGCAACAAUCACACAGAAACCUCCCUCAUCAACAACGUAACAAGACCUUCAAAUAUAAUCAAUUAUCUUGAUAAUACAUCCUCAACAGAUCCUAUAGUAGAUGGUGUCAAAUUUAAUGGGAUGUUCUACAUUUUAAUCAGUAUUUCUGGGUUUACUGUUACCAUUGUCCUUUUACUGGCCAUUCUGUGGACAAUGAAGUAUCGCACUUUGAUUCACACCAUUCAAGAGCUGCAGGGUGUUGAGGGUCUAUUGGGCAGAGCUCCUCCAUCCAACCCCCCAGCUCUAAGUCCCCUAACCCUGAGGAAGUGUCUAGUGCGUGAGACUAGAAGCCCACUAGAGCUUGUGUCUGUCACUCUGGGACAGGAGUAUCAGAACACUAGCUCGCCCACUCCCCUGCUCAGGCAGACAACCAAGUCAGCUUCUAGGUCUCUCUGGAGACCACAGCAAACGGGUUCCUGCUUCAACACAUCAGGGCUGGGCAUGCAGCAACUCAUCAAAGCAGGGAGGGAAGGGGUGUACUACAAGGCUAAGAUGACGCAUGGCACCUGCAAGGGUCACUCCAUUGUCACCUGCAAGAUGACCAAAGAGGGGGUUACCCACAGGAGGGUAGCCAGAGAGGUGAACAUCAUGAGGAAGCUGGGUACCCACAAGAACGUGCUGCAGCUGCUAGACUGGAACAUCACACAGGCUCCUUACAUGCUGAUCCUGGAGUCGGUGAGCAGUGGGACCCUGCGCAGUUUCCUGCAAGUGAAUCAACACCAACUGAGCAGAGACAGUGAUCUGCAAAAGCACUUCACCACAGCAGCAUAUCACAUUGCCCAUGCAAUGAGACACCUGCACUCUAAAAUGGUGGUGCACUGUGACCUAGCCCUGAGGAACAUCAUGGUUAACCAUUUCCCCAGAGAGGUGAAGCUGGCGGAGUUUGGACUGGCCCAAGACCUGACUCUUUUGAGCAGCCGUCGCAGCAGCCACAAAGGAGACCACUUGCAAAAAGUGCCCCUGCGUUGGUAUCCCCCAGAGUUCUUCAGAAACAACUACUACAGCUUCAAAGGGGAUGUCUGGGCAUUUGGCAUUGUGCUGUGGGAGAUGCAAACAUUUGGGACCUUACCAUAUCCCAACCUGGAGACUUUAGAGUUGGUGGUGCGCUACAUCUGCUCUGGACACAGGAACUCAGAACCAGAGACAUGUAGGCCAGAGAUACUGCAGAUGAUGAAGGACUGCUGGCUGGAGCCCUACACCCAAAGGCCCUCCUUCAACGACAUAGUCAGUGUCCUGGAGAACAUCCUGGAGGAUGAUGCAGAUUACAUCAAAGUGAACAACAGACUAGCCAAUGUUGGAUAUGGCGACCAAGAUCAAGUCUGCCUUACUCUCCUUCAUGACGACUGAAUAUGUGUAGAGAGGAAGAGGUGAAGCCUCAGUAUAUAGAUCAUCUUUGAUAUGUGCAAGUUACUUCAUGCAUAACAUGUUUGGAUGUGCAUGUUUGCAAAAUCUGCUUUUUCUUGUACUUAGGGAAGUAGGUCUACUACAAUGACCUUACACUGAGUGGACAAAACAUUAGGAACAGCUACUUAAUAUUAAGUUGCACUUCCUUUUGCUCUCAGAACAGCCUCAAUUCAUCGGGGCAUGGACUACA